UCUCUCUCUCUUGCGUGCUUCCUUCUGAAAACGUGUUUGACUCUCUUUCCUUCAAAUUCAUAAUCCCCUUUUUGUAAAUUCUUCUCUAUUUAGGGUUCUUCUCCUUUCUUUCAAUCUUUGUACAAUAAUAAUUUCUAUAUAUAUAAUUAAAAAAACAAAUAUUCAAUUCUUCAACCAAUCUUUUUUUUCUUCUGUACAAAAUACUUUUUCUCUGGUUCAAAUUCUGAGCCACCAUAACUGUAGAUUGCACCUUAAAAUAAAAAAAUCUAAUUAUUCUGUUAUUCUUUUAUCUCUCUCUAUUAGAUUUAUAAAAAUUGAAGAAAAAAAAUAGAAAACCCUAAUUCCUAAAUUCAAAAGGAUUCAAAAGGAAGAAGAAGGUUUUGUUUCAUGGCGGUUUCAACUAUAUCUCUCUACGCGAGUCCACCGAGUAGUGUAUGUUCCGCGCCGCAUCAGAUUAGUCCUCACGCUUCCUAUGAUUUCGAUUUCGGAUCUAGAUCUUCGUCUCCGGCUUCGACGGCCACGGCGUCGACGUCGGCGAGGCCUAUGAUUGGUGGAUUGUCGUGUUUGUUUUCGUCUUCGGUGGCGGUGAAGCAUGUUCCGUUGACGAGCUUUUCCGGUGGAGAUGAAGAUGAAUUGAAGGAGCUUGGUAGUUCGUUUUCGUAUUCGUAUUCGCCGAGUAAGUUUGCUGGAUCUUGGAAGAGGGAUAGGGAUCAUCAGAUUCAGAGUCCGGUUUCGGUUUUUCAGUGUCCGGUUUCGUGUAGUAGUAGUAUGGGGACGGUUCGUGGUGCGUCGAGGAGUAGUGCUGGUGGGUUGUUUGAAGGGUUUGUGAGGAGUGCUUUGGGUUCUUCUUGUUUGGAUUAUGAAACUACUGGUGUUAGGCUUCGUGGUGGUGGUGGUGGUGAGUUUGAUGGAGGUGGUUCUUCUGGGGUUGUUGAUGAGUUGACUUUCAAUUUGGAGGAUACUUUUGUGGAAGGUUGCUUUGGAUUUGAGUUUGAGCCUUAUGCUAAGAAGUUGUUGAUGAGUGCUCAAUUGAGGCACAAGAUCUUUUGUGAAGAGUUUGUUAUUAAGGCGUUUUGUGAAGCUGAGAAAGCACACAGAGGACAGAUGCGAGCUAGUGGUGAUCCGUAUUUGCAGCAUUGUUUGGAAACUGCCGUGUUGUUGGCUUUGAUCGGUGCAAAUUCCACUGUAGUUGCUGCAGGGCUUUUGCAUGAUACACUUGAUGAUGCUUUUCUUACUUAUGAUUAUAUAUUUGGGAUGUUUGGAGCUGGAGUUGCUGAUUUAGUUGAAGGGGUUUCUAAACUAAGUCAUUUAAGCAAGCUGGCUAGAGACAACAACACAGCUAGUAAGUCUGUUGAAGCAGAUCGCCUGCAUACAAUGUUCCUUGCCAUGGCAGAUGCAAGAGCUGUCCUCAUUAAAUUGGCGGACCGAUUACAUAAUAUGAUGACACUAGAUGCCUUGCCGGUUGCCAAGCAGCAGAGGUUUGCAAAGGAGACUUUGGAGAUUUUUGCACCUUUGGCCAAUCGCUUGGGAAUAGCUAAUUGGAAGGAACAGUUGGAAAAUUUAUGUUUUAAGCAUCUCAACCCUGUGCAGCACAUGGAGCUUUCGUCAAAACUUGUGGAAUCGUAUGAUGAUGCAAUGAUUGCUUCUGCCAUAGAAAGAUUAGAGAAAGCACUCAAAGAUGAAGGCAUUUCUUAUCAUGUCAUUUCUGGGCGGCACAAGAGCUUGUAUAGCAUUUACUGCAAAAUGUUAAAGAAGAAAUUAACCAUAGAUGAUAUCCAUGACAUUUAUGGGCUGCGCUUGAUUGUUGAGAAGGAGGAAGACUGUUACAAAGCCUUAAAAAUUGUUCACCAGUUAUGGUCAGAGGUUCCUGGAAAACUGAAAGAUUACAUACGUGGUCCCAAGUUCAAUGGGUAUCAAUCUCUGCACACUGUGGUGAUGGGUGAAGGCAAGGUUCCCCUCGAAGUACAAGUUCGAACAAAAGAUAUGCAUUCGCAAGCAGAAUUUGGAUUUGCUGCUCAUUGGAGGUACAAGGAAGAUCACUGCCAGCUUUCUUCCUAUGUGCUUCAGAUGGUUGAGUGGGCUCGUUGGGUUGUCACCUGGCAGUGCGAAGCAAUGAGCAAAAAUUCUACUUCUGUUGGAUGUGUCGAUUCAAUCAAGCCACCUUGCAAGUUCCCUUCUCAUGCUGAGAAUUGCCCAUAUUCUUACAAGCCUGAUUGUGCGCAGGAUGGGCCUGUGUUCGUUAUCAUGAUUGAGAAUGAUAAGAUGUCUGUUCAAGAGUUUUGUGCAAACUCAACAGUACUCGAUUUGUUGGAGAGAGCCGGCCGAGCAAGCUGUAGGUUGACAACAUAUAGGUUCCCUCUAAAGGAAGAAUUGAGGCCAAGACUGAAUCACAAGCCUGUAAGUGAUCCAAAUUGCAAGUUGAAGAUGGGAGACGUGGUCGAGCUUACACCGGCCAUACCUGACAGGUAUCUGACUGAAUAUAGGGAAGAAAUCCAGCGAAUGUAUGAUCGCGGGCUAACUGUAUCAAAAAUGGGAACUACUACUGCAAGCAGCAUGGUUGGCACCAGUUGACCUUUGCUUGACUUUGAUAUAUAUUCCAACUUGUUGUUUAGUCACAGUUUAUGAUGUAUAUAGAUAAAAUCUGUACAGAACAAAAAAAAAUGUUACUUCUAUGAACUUGCUAACUUGAUUCAAUUGUGAUUUAUGUAGUUGGUCCAAUGAUUAAGUUCUAUUUUGUGA